GUGAACUUGAGGCAGGAGGCGCGAGGUUCCCGCCGGGGAUGCGGCGGCCGCGGUGGCAGCUGCUUCCUGGUUUGAAGCUCGCCAAGGGGGGGAGAGCGUGAGCCGGCAAGAGAGGCGGGGGCAGGAGGAGAGAAGCAGGAGGAGGCGGGGAGGAGACGCUCGGGGCUGGAGCUCACCGGACGGGUCGCUCCAGCUCUCGGCGGAGAGGAGCUUCUCAGCCUUGGAGAAGGCGCGAGUGCCGCGCCAGCACCCCCCCGGGACGCGCUGCGCGCCCCGGAGGGCUUCCCCCGGCCUGCUGACUGCUGAGGGCUCGGUGACGGGCUCCCCUCCUUUCCAUCUCGGGAGCCGGGGAGUGAGGGAAGGAGGGAAGGGGAGAGUGUCCCAGGGAGACGACAGAAUGGCCGGCCAAGGGGGGCUUGGGCACUGGUUCCUCCCGGAGCUGCCUCCACGCCUGAGGCUGCCGCGCGGGCUGGCCUGAGCCGGGGCUCCCCGCUCUCCCGUGCGAACCGGCGCGUUCCUCCCCGGGGCUGGGGCGUCGGCGUCGGCAAUGUCCGGCACCAUGAAGUUCAAUGGCUAUUUGAGGGUCCGCAUCGGCGAGGCGGUGGGGCUGCAGCCCACCCGCUGGUCCCUGCGGCACUCGCUCUUCAAGAAGGGCUAUCAGCUGCUGGACCCCUACCUGACCGUGAGCGUGGACCAGGUGCGCGUGGGCCAGACCAGUACCAAGCAGAAGACCAACAAACCCACCUACAACGAGGAGUUCUGCGCCAACGUCACCGACGGCGGCCACCUGGAGCUGGCUGUUUUCCAUGAGACGCCCCUGGGCUACGACCACUUCGUGGCCAACUGCACCUUGCAGUUCCAGGAACUGCUGCGCACGGCCGGCGCCUCGGACACCUUCGAGGGCUGGGUGGAUUUGGAACCAGAGGGGAAAGUAUUUGUGGUAAUAACCUUAACAGGAAGUUUCACUGAAGCAACUCUUCAGAGAGACCGAAUCUUCAAACAUUUUACGAGGAAGCGCCAGAGGGCUAUGCGAAGGCGAGUCCACCAGAUCAACGGUCACAAGUUCAUGGCCACAUACCUGAGACAACCCACUUACUGCUCUCACUGCAGGGAGUUCAUCUGGGGAGUGUUUGGAAAACAGGGUUAUCAAUGCCAAGUAUGUACCUGCGUCGUCCAUAAGCGCUGCCAUCAUCUGAUUGUUACGGCCUGCACCUGCCAGAACAACAUUAACAAAAUGGAUUCCAAGAUUGCCGAGCAGAGGUUUGGCAUCAACAUCCCACACAAGUUCAAUAUCCACAACUACAAAGUGCCCACCUUCUGUGAUCACUGUGGCUCCCUGCUCUGGGGCAUCAUGCGACAAGGGCUUCAAUGCAAAAUCUGUAAAAUGAACGUACACAUCCGAUGUCAAGCGAACGUGGCCCCCAACUGUGGGGUCAAUGCCGUGGAGCUCGCCAAGACCCUGGCCGGCAUGGGGCUACAACCUGGAAACAUUUCACCCACCUCGAAACUUGUCUCCAGGUCGACCCUCAGACGACAGGGCAAGGAGAGCAUCAAGGAAGGAAAUGGGGUCGGGGUCCAUUCUUCCAGUCGGCUCGGUCUUGACAACUUUGAGUUCCUCCGAGUGCUGGGGAAGGGGAGUUUUGGGAAGGUGAUGCUUGCGAGGAUGAAGGAUACGGGAGACCUGUACGCGGUGAAGGUGCUCAAGAAGGAUGUGAUUCUGCAGGACGAUGACGUGGAGUGCACCAUGACCGAGAAGAGGAUCCUGUCCCUGGCCCGCAAUCACCCCUUCCUCACCCAGCUAUUCUGCUGCUUCCAGACCCCAGACCGUCUGUUUUUUGUGAUGGAGUUCGUGAACGGCGGUGACCUGAUGUUCCACAUCCAGAAGUCCCGGCGGUUUGAUGAAGCCCGCGCACGGUUUUAUGCUGCGGAGAUCAUCUCAGCGCUUAUGUUCCUGCACGAGAAGGGAAUCAUCUAUCGGGAUCUGAAACUGGACAAUGUGCUGCUGGACCACGAGGGCCAUUGCAAGCUGGCAGAUUUUGGGAUGUGCAAAGAGGGCAUCUGUGAUGGGGUUACCACCGCCACGUUCUGUGGCACGCCCGACUACAUCGCUCCCGAGAUCUUGCAGGAAAUGCUAUAUGGGCCUGCGGUGGACUGGUGGGCCAUGGGCGUACUGCUCUACGAGAUGCUCUGUGGCCACGCCCCCUUUGAGGCGGAGAACGAGGAUGACCUCUUUGAGGCCAUACUGAAUGAUGAAGUCGUCUACCCCACCUGGCUGCACGAGGACGCCACAGGGAUCCUGAAAUCCUUCAUGACCAAGAACCCCACCAUGCGCCUGGGCAGCCUGACCCAGGGAGGAGAGCACGCCAUCCUGAGACACCCUUUCUUUAAGGAGAUCGACUGGGCCCAGCUGAACCACCGCCAGCUCGAGCCGCCCUUCAGACCCAGGAUCAAAUCCCGAGAAGAUGUCAGUAACUUCGACCCUGACUUCAUCAAGGAAGAGCCUGUUCUAACGCCCAUGGAUGAGGCGCACCUGCCUAUGAUCAACCAGGAUGAGUUCAGAAACUUUUCCUACAUGUCUCCAGAGCUGCAGCCCUAGCUCCACGGAGAGUGAGAGCCCGCUGGGAGGGAGCUUCAGCAGCAUCGGCCUUAGAAGCAGCCACCUCGCCGUCUGUCCGUCCGUCCAUCCAGGAGCAAGUGGAGGACUCUAGCAUGCAGAGCUUCAAGAGAGCCACUCGUUCAAGUGCAGACGGAACCAGGGUGCUACCAUGAUGAGAUCUGUGACAGUGGACACUGCUCAGCCUAUGCGGUUCGGUGCCUCUUCAGGGCUUGGGGAGCUAACAGGUGGCAGAGAGAGAUCCACUGGAUCCUAGGCAUUCUCUGCCCAUCAGGCUUUUGACUUCAGAGAGACAAAUCAAGAUGUUCGUGGACCACUCCGUGUUCUUCUUCCAGCCAAGACCCUACUGCCUGCUGUCUUCAAGUUUCUCCAUGCCUGUCAAGAUUUCCAAGGCAUGUCUGAGGCUGUGCAUGGUUUUCCAAAUAGAAUGGUCUUCUCUGAAGCAUCAGAAGACGGGCUCCCUAAAACCCACAGCUCAACACCCACCCCUGGGCUCCAAGGUGACUGCCAUGACAUUACUCUCAGACCCCAACUCCCAGUGCAUUGAUUGAUAUUUAUUGAGCAUCCAACAAACAGGUGCCACAGACCGCCAUCACGUGAACCAUGGUUUGGCAUUUGUGCAGCUUUCUUGCGCUCAGCGUUCCAUGAAUUUACCUGAAUGGCAUUUGCAUUCUGUGCAAUGCCCUGUCCUCUCUGUCCCCCGCCCCCUCCCCACAUCACUCAGUUUUCACAGAAGGAUCACUGCCGCAGUGGCGAUCUCCAUAGGUGAGCUGGUGGGUUUGCGCCUGCUGUUUACCUGGAGUGUCUGACCAGGUUCCAAAUACUUGGAAC